GAAAUAUAUGUGUCAUUGUUCUAUCUGUGGUACAACUCCCAUAGUUCACUGUUGAACACAAUUUCGUCAGAUGGCAUACUGGUGAAAUAUAGUAGUGGGUGGGCUAGACAGCACAAACAAAUGCGGAGAACACGACUAUACAGCCACAAACUUCCAAAUAUGGAUAGGUGAGGUACACAUACUUUAGACGAGAAGAUCGUGUCCCAUCCGGUUUCUCACUGCCGGGAGAACAUUGUUGAUCAUUCGGAACAUUAGCUACUCACUCACUCACUCCCUGUGGUGUUGCUGCACCGUCUCGAUCAAGAAUAUUGCAUCGCAUCACAUCGGAUUCUCCUGGAAUUCCUCGCUGCAUGUGCGCUAGCUGGCAGAAGCCUAGCCCCGUGUAUAUGUGUACUACUUUGCCGACUAACGUUACACACUCACACCAGACCGACAGACUGUGGCGGAGAGACUGCGAGCGGGCGAUAGACCACAAGUUAGGAUUGAGCAAGGACACGAAGUUGGGUUUCCUAUCCAUUCUACUACACUGAUGUGGGUGUAGUAGUCUGAGUGACUGACAAGACCAUUGAAAAGAAACAAGAUGAGUAGUACCAAGAGGAAAGCAGAAGGGCAAUCUAGGACCAGGAAGUCUGGAAGCUCCAGAACAGACUCGGAGAGAGACUCUGGUUUCUCAGAUGCCAGCACCAUAGACCUGACAGAUUCUGAGGACUCAUCUCGCACUGUGUCCAAGAGAGAGGCCCAGCACCCUCCAUCCGGGUCGGGGUCUCAUCCCUCACAGCUAGCUGUGUUGGGGGGGUCCUACUCCAACAUGUCCCCCAUGAUCUUGAAAAAUGUCCUCCUAAAACAGCCUGGGAACAACCCUCCCUCUCAGAAGCCAUGGGGGUUCAGCCCAGCUGUGGAGAUGGUCCAGCAGCCUCAGGUGGUCUUCGUCCAGCCCGUUGUCUCCCCUGUGGUCUCCCACGGCACCAUAUCCAACCCUAAGGAGGCCACUUCCAAACGCCGGCGCCCCAAGAAGAAUCUUCCCAUCCUUAGGUCCUACCCGAAGAUCGCCCCUCACCCUGGAGACAGUUCGAGUUCCUCCGGGGGAGUAAGCUCUUGUUAUUUCCCCGCUUCAUCCCCCUCUGCCUCUAGCCACCGGGAACACCAUCACAACCACAGAAACAAACAGCAGAGGCACCAGUCUAGAAGUUCUAGCUGUGGUUCUUCUGGUUCCAGCACCCCCAGUCUCCCUCCUCCCUCUAGCUCCCUGUCCUCCUCUCCCCAGCAUAGGCUCACCCCCUCCCUCACAGACUCCAGUGCUUGCAGCAGUCCUGCAAGAUCCUCUCUCGUCAGUAGAUCAGAGUUCUCCCCAGCCCCGUCCCCUGCCUUAACCGUAACGCCUUCAGACACCCUCACCUCUGAGGUCCCUGAGAAAACCAAUACCCUCUCCCUCCCACAACCCACCGUCACCACAACCAACGACAACAGCUGCCACGAUGACAGCAACCACGACGACAAUAGCGAUGACCAUGACAUAAAGCACAAGCGUUUCUGCAACACGUACAACAUCCUAUCCAAGUCUGGUCUGCUGGAGAUCACCCUGAGUACCAAGGACCUGAUUCGUCAGAACCGCAGGACCCAGAUAGACCUGGACCGGCUCAAGGAGCACACCAACCUCUUCCUGCAGGCCCUGCAGACCGGAGAUACCAGCAUCUGGAGCAAGCUGCAGACCAGCCUCCAGGAAGAGCAGGAAGAGAAGGGCAGUGGGCAGCAGAGCAGCUUAAAGGCAGAUACAGAUUAGAUCUGAACUAAGUAAAAGCAGGGUUUCAUCUGUUAGACUGGGCAGAGACUGAGUUGAAGUGGGGGAGGCUGAGGCAGCUAGACUGGCAUUACUAUGCCCACAAUUAUCACACAGACAUAUAAUCUGACCUACAUACUAGCAGUAGUCUCUACUAGCAGUAUAUAUACUAAUACUUGCCUGCCUUACCCCAGGCCCGGUUGGAUAGGAGGCUCCUGUACAUUAUGAAAUCGCUCUAUUCUCCAUAAACUGCACUACUGUGACUCUAGUGCACUACUUUGAUUCUAGUGAGUCGACACACCCUUUGCACAGCCUUAAAAUUAAAUAAAUUUUCUUUCCCUACCAAUCUACUCCACAUUUUCAUAUUGAAAGAAAAUGUAUAGAACAUUUUCCAAAUGAAUAAGAAAAAAACAAAGAUGUCUUGACUGCGUAUGUCUUCACAUCCCAGAGUUAAUACCUGGUGGAAGCACCUUUGGCAGCCAUUACAGCUGGGAAUAAUUUUGAAUAAGUUUCCUCUAACUUUACAAAACAGAGGGCAAUAUAUAUCCAUUGUUUUUGUCAAAAUACUCUACAUUUGGUUGGGAAUCAUUGAUGGACUCCAAUAUUCAAGCAUUGUCUCUGGUUUUCAAGCCAAUUUAAACAGGAAGGAGACUGGACCAUUCAGGAACAUUCAACACCUCUUGGAAAGCCAUUCUGGGGGGCAGUGCUAGCUGUGUGCAACUAGAGAUUCUGGGUUCGAGUCCAGGCUCUGUCCCAGCCGGCCAUGACCGGGAGACCCAUGGGGCGGCGCACAAUUGGCCCAGCAUCGUCCGGGUUAGGGGACGGUUUGGCUGGCAGGGGUUUCCUUGUCCCAUCUGGCACUAGCGACUCCUGUGCCUGGCCCGCACGCUGACACGGUAGCCAGUUGUAUGGGGGUUUCCUCAGACACAUUGGUGCAACUGGCUUCCGGGUUAAGUGGGCAUUGUGUCAAGAAGCAGCGUGGCUUGGUUGGGUUGUGUUUCGGAGGACGCACGGCUCUCGACCUUAGCCUCUCCCGACUCCAUACGGGAGUUGCAGCGAUGAGACAAGACUGUAACUACCAAUUGAAUACCACAAAAUUGGGGAGAAAAAGAGAUUAGGAAGAAGACAUUCUUUGACAUUAACAUUUGUUUAAUCGUCCAGCGGAAAAAAUAAAACUCCCAAGCGUAGGUUUUCAGAAGACUGCAGCGGGUUUUUACCUGAGCUUUGCUCCUUUAAUAUUUAUUUUGAUCCUGACAAACUCCCUAGUCCCUGUCGGUGACAAGCAUACCCAUAACAUGAUGCUGCCAAAAAGUGUAUUUUUAUAUUUAUUUGCUGUGUUGUCUUACAGUCUUGUUCAACGUCCUUGUUGCAAACAGAAUGGAUGAUUUGAAGUGGAUUUUUAACACAGGCUUCCUUCUUUUCAAUUUGUCAUACAGGCCAGUAAUGUGGAGUGAAUGCAAAUGUUGUUGAUCUUCUGUAUUUUCAAGUUUUGUGGUGGCAGCAUCAUGUUAUGGAUGUGCUUGUCAUGCUGGGUAUCUCUGAGAUAAGCCAUAUGGGGCUGUUUUACUGAAAGCUGUAAGUGUCCACCAACUGACACUUUAACCAGUUAUAGGUAUGACUUGAAAUGGGGCAUGCUGAGUAAAAUAGGCCUAUUUUGAGGAAAGCUUGCGUGGUAUGGCUAGCGAGAGUGCUAGAAUGGGUACCUGAACUGAACCCAACAAACAAACAACAGUUAAAAUGUAUGGUCUAAAUUUAAGAUGAAGAUCUUUAUUGAUAUGCUUUACAAGAGCCAGUAGGUUUCCACUGUAAAAUGUCAAAGAAGAAUGGAAAGCAGGAAACACAGAAUACUUUUUUCCUCUUUGUGAAUUCAUGGACCUCUGGACAAGGAAAGACAGUGCUUUACCUAAAGACUCCUUCAGGACUCCAGUGAGGAUUCUGUUCAUCAAAGCAUUUUUUUAAAACAACAAAGACUGACGUGAGAUCAUUUUCAAGGCCUUAUCAAAAAGCUUAACUUUAUUUAAAACCUUGUAUUGUAUUUGCAUGGGAAGUUACUCCCAAGUAAGACCUAAGUUGGCACAAUUUAUCAUGAGGUUUAAGUUAUUUUUAAACCUGCGAUUGUGUUUUUGUAAUAGACCAAGCAUCAUAUCUCCCUGUACUAUGUUACUUUCAUGGCCUUAUUUAGACAAUUGAUUAUGUGGUGUUCAAUUAUUUUAUUUUUCAAAUAAGGAGUUCUCCAUAAGAAGACAGACUGUCAGACGUACAGUAGCCCUUAUUGAGAUAUCUUGUUAUAUUGACCUGCAAAGCAUCGGAGUGCCUUGAAGUUGUUACAAGUGCAAAGAAGGUGAUAUAAUUUGUGCUUUACUGCCUAAAAUGCAAAUAACAGUACAUGUUAUCUUCAGUGUAAGUAGUAAUAGGCCUCGGGGAAGCCAUUUUAAAACUUGAGCUUCCUGAAUUUCUCAUCUAUAAGAACUGCAUAAAACCUGUAUGUGCUUGUUACCACAGUUCAAAUAGGUUAAAAAAAAACUAAAAGUUUGUCUUAUAUUUAAAUGUUGGCAGCUGUUUUUCUAUCAUUGUUAACCUGCCUCCUCAUCGCAAGGACAUAAAUUAAAUGUAAUUAUAUUAAUAUUAUGAGCUCAAUGUUUCAAUAGCACAGCCGUAGUAGCUUGUGAUUGAUAACAAAAUAAGAAAAUAACGCUUAACAGAUUCUGUAGCACUGUUUUGUAUUACUAUUUUUUUUAUUUAAAUGAUAAACUAUGUAAAAGCUGCAGAAAAAUAAAUUGAUCAUGAUGUUGACUUCCUAAAACACGUUUUUCUUUUUUGCAGCUAUACAAAUCAGGAUCGUUUAAUUGAAUGAUGGUUAGUAAAUGCAGUAUCUGUGUUUGUGUUGCUCAAGUGAACUUUUUUUUGUUCAGUUUUUAGAAGAUACAUUGCUUGCUUAAUAAACGCUAUUUCCAAGAA